CCGUGUUUACCAACGGCGGCUAGGCUACACGGCCGUCACAUAAAUAACGUUUUUCUCACCAUACAGUUCAAUUAGUUUAAUUCAUUACCUAUGGCAGAUCCUGCGGUGGCAUCGGGGGGUUCACUGAACGCAGGAGGGCGCGGAAGUGGUGGUAAAGCAGCUACCAGCCCUGCAGAGAACUACCACCUGGCCCGACGUCGCACCCUGCAGGUCGUUGUCAGUGCCCUGCUGACGGAGUGUGGCUUUGAGAGCGCCGAGAAGGCAGCAGUGGAGACGCUCACUGAGAUGAUGCAAAGCUAUAUAACUGAAAUAGGUCGGUGUGCUAAAUCUUAUUGUGAACACACGGCCAGAAGCAUCCCAACCCUGUCAGAUACAGUGAUCACACUCAUUGAAAUGGGGUUCAAAGCCGACACCCUGCCUUUGUACGCCAAGAGAUCCCAGAGGAUGGUUAUAACUGCCCCUCCAGUAACGAACCCACCUGUGACUCCCAAAGCACUGUCAGCCGGCCAGAAACGCACACAUCCAGCUCACAUCCCCGGCCACUUCCCGGAGUUUCCUGACCCUCACACCUACAUCAAAACACCCACGUUCAGAGAGCCCGUGUCAGACUACCAAGUGGUUCGAGAAAAGGCAGCAAGUCAGAGGAGAGACGUGGAGCGAGCGCUCACACGCUUCAUGGCCAAGACCGGAGAAACUCAGAGCCUCUUCAAAGACGACAUCACUGCCUUCCCAUUGAUCGCAGCACAGCCGAGCACUAUCCCAUAUCUCAGCGCCCUCCUGCCCUCAGAGCUGGAAUUGCAGACUCUGGAGGAGACGGACUCCUCUGAGCAGGACGACCAGACAGACAGCGAGAACGCAACAGGAAACAAUAUCAGUGAUGAUCCAGGAGCUGACAAAGAGAACUCCAUGCUUCCUCCUAGCGGAGUUGUUCCUUCUGUAAAGGCCACUGAGGACAAUGUGAUCGAUAACCCGUACCUUCGGCCAGUAAAGAAACCCAAAGUGAGGAGGAAGAAAUGAGUCCAAAGUGGACCAACAGACUCAGAUCCCUCCACAGAGAGCAGCAGCCCGGUGUUGAAACCUGCUGUGUGAGCCGGGACCAGCACUGCUGUUGGCUUUUUGUAUGCUGACUUCUAUUGAAGAGAGAACUUUCCUUUGUUGUUUUAACUAUCAUAAUUUCUUCACCAAGCACUCACUUUGUUAAACAUUGUGUAAUUUCACUUUGUAAGCAACAUCAUGGUGUAAUAUACAAACCACACAGGAAAACAGUCAUUUUUGAGAAUAAAGAAAAAUACGUUUCUUUUGUUUACUUUUAACUUGAGAUAUCAAACAUUUCUUGACAACAGUUUCAGUAGUGAAUUAAAGUUUCAGUUAAAAAUGAUGACGAAGGCAACAUCUUGCGUAACUGUCACGAUGGGAUGGGAUACAUCCUUCAGCUUUAGAGUUAAUAGUACAAACUCAUGUAGGCCACUCUGUUUCUGUGCUUCAGGAACUCCUUUUCACUGUUCAGCUGAAGGAAAACAAAAGAGGAUUAGAUGUCGCUCAAGACUUCCACAUAGAAGUCCUAUGAGAAAAUCAUGAAUCUUUUAGCAGGAACUGUGACAUUGAUUCAGGAUCGGCUAUAAUUGUAAAACUUUUUUUUGUUUAUCUGUACAUCAAACUCCUUGAAGAGUGGAAAUUUUGAGGAAACACAUGUCUCAUGUCUGGGUUAAGGGUUAGGGUUCUAUGUACGGGUGCAGAGCAUUCGUACAAGUCAUAGUAUUGCAUAUUGAAAAAAAGUCAUAGUAGGUUAAAUAUAUUAACAUAUUAAAAUAUUUUACACAGA